AAUGUUCUCAAUCCUGUUUGUCACAGUGUUCUUGGAUAGCUGCUUGGCAAUGCCCAUCAAAGAUCCGUACUCGUAUUCCUCUGCGGUGGGUCAGGGAGGUGGCACCCCAUUUGCUUCCUACGGUGAGGGACGCAUCACAGGAGUCAGAGUGUGGGAGACCAACAACAACAACUACUACUACUACUACUACUACUACUACUACUACUACUACUACUACUACUACAACAGCAUCGCCUACAUCAGCGGGUUCCAGCUGAGAUACGGCUACACCUGGUCCCCUGUGUUUGGUCGUGAAGGGGGUGAAAAGCAGGAGAUGGAGCUGUUUAAUGAUGAGGUCAUCGUCAAGGUGUCUGGGAAGUACAACCCAGCAGACUACAUCUGCUACCUGGUGUUAAGCACCAACAUGGGGCGCACUCUGUCGGCCGGCCUGCCCAACCAAGUCUCCUUCAACUUCUACCCAGCCAACAUGGGCAAUGAGCUGAGGCUGCUCAGCGGUCACUUCAACGGUGCUGGGAUCACCUCCAUCGGAGCCCACUGGGGAUUGGUGUACAUGGAAGGGGCUGUAAAUGUCACGUCCUGACCAGUAUAAGGGUUA